CAAGAACUUACAAGAUGCCAAAUUAAAAAAUUAUGAAUUUCCUCUUCCCGUAUUUAACGAAAAGACUGUUGUGUUUCACCCUUAUGUGUGCCUUCAGCAACUUGAAAAGUUAAACAGUACAAAUAUCAACGGUUUUCUCAUCGGUGCUUCUAAUCUGCUGUUUAAAACUCAAUUGAAAAUUGACGUGUUUGUAGAUUUUCAAGCAGAAACCGUUGAAUUUUCAAGCAAAAACUUGCAAUCAAUUAUGGAGCUGUCAUCUUCGGAUAUCCGCUUUACCAAACGCUUAGUAUCAGCUGUAAAUAAAAAUUAUAAAGAAGGAGAGUACGUCUGGACGGGCAGUGAUGACUGGAUUCGCCAGGAGUUCCGGGACUACACCGUUCGAUUACUAUACACUAUACUAAGUGGCCUAUUUUCAGGCGAAAAAGGGAAAGUCUAUGAAGAGUUCAACAGCCAAUACGUGGGUGCUUUCAAGGAAACCAAGUGCUUUGACACGUGGAUUGGUAGGAUUAACCCUCAUCGAAUCUUAAGCAGCCCUCCCCCGCCCCUCUCUUCGGAACAUUUUGAAAUUGAUGACGUUUCGCUCAGCAACAAGACGUUUCGUUAUUUGAAGGAAGAACUGAAAACUUUGGAUACUGCAGCUGAUAAGCUUGGACAAAAAUUUACCAAAGUAUGGAGAACGUAUUUUUCUUCUGAUAAACAAAAAAUCAAAGAUGACGAAUGCGGUACAAAACACUUCAAUUCCGGAAAAGAGCCUUUUUUGAGGCCCCUUAGAAGAUCUGCUUCUUUAAAAUGUGAAAAGGGUUACUAUGUACAAUUGAAGCCAAAAACUUUGGCUUCAUUGAGCGAAAGUCUUAAUUAUAUGGGAUUCUCUUAAUACGGAAAAAAAAUCGAGAAAAAGUGCAUGAAGACUCCUUCAGCUUCGCAACGUAACUGCGUCGUGCCAGACCGCAGAUUUAUUUUUUACUUUUCGUACAUAUAAAUUGAAGGGUCGACUUUUCAGUAAACAAAAAAA